AUGCGGCCGCAGGAGCGCAGUCUGCCAGCUUUCGCUUGCACGUAUAACCAUCUCAGCCAGGCUUUCUACCGAGCACAUGAAGAGCAACCAACUAAUAUUUUUGUUCAGGCUGCGUUGAAGAACGGCUUGAAGUGCCGCAUGAUCAACGAGGAGCACGUCAACUUCUUGAAUGAUGACCUGAACUCUUUCCAAGCAAUCAACGUGCUGCACGCGUGGACGCUCAAGGUCGUCGGCGUGCUUGGGAAGUUCUACUCGAAGGAGAUCGUGGGUGCCAUGCUGUUGGAGGGCCUGAAACUGUGCGUCCCAAUGCCCGAGCGCAAGGAUGGCCAGAAGCUGAGAGACAUGCAGCGCAAGUUGCCGUGGUUGUUCAAGCAGCUGGGCCAGCACACGCUCAACAUGUUCGACUUGCUGAACAUGCCCAUUGCAGGGACCACCGCAGGCAGGAAAGUGGCCUCGGCGCGGUCUCAGGCGGUCGCGAGAGCCAUCGCUGAACACGCACAGAAGAUGGAGGAAGCCAACGCCAGAGCAACCCAUGAUGCCCAGGCUGCUGCAGGGCCCGAGGAGGAGCCGCCGCUGAAGAUGCAGCGCCGCGGGAAGGGUCGCGGUCGCGGUCGCGGCCGCGGCAACCUUGGGAAGUCCGCGUCCCCGUCCCCUCAGGACAACGGUGAGCCUGCCCUUCCUGCUGGCGUGGUGUGCGCGGCCGAGGAGCUCGUGGCGAUCGUCACUCCGCUCACUGGGAACGCUGCAGUUGGCCGCCCGGCCACGGUCCUCGACGACGUGAUUCGCGCCGUCGAGCACUCACUCGGGAAGGAUCAUGAUGAGAAGGUCGCUUGGAGGACGCGCUGCGAGGCCUACUCGAUCUUCCUGCAGUUCUGUUUCGCCGAGGAGGUCUCGAUGAACGGCAAGGCGUUCAAGAUCUACUCCAAGCUCCGCGAAGAUCUGCAAUCGAUGGCGUCGCUUGCUACCAGGCGCGCUACCGGAACUUUCGGCACGACUGACUGUGACAACAAGUCAUCUGAAGACGACCCCGACGCCGUGGCACAGCGCAUACUCGACAUCUGUCUCAAGCCAGUCGAGAUCACGAUUGGAGACGACAUUGAGCACGAAGACGACGUGUCCAGCGCCGACGCGGAGAGGAUGUUCGAGGCCCAGGAGAUCGAGAUCCGCACAUUUUUGAACGAGAACGCCAACACGCAUCCCACGUUGCAGAAGAAUUGCAAUGACAUGGCGCGCGAGCUCUCCAUGCUUGGGUACGAGAUGGACAUCCGGUACGCUUGCGUGGCCAUCGGCAACGUGAUGGAUAAGCACCUUCCCUGUAAGAUGAUCGAGUCGGUUGCUGCUAUUUCGGUCAUAGCUAGUCGGCUGGGCCGCGUCCCUGCGUUUGCUGAGGCUGUUUUCCCGAACGUUGAGUCGCUCGAGAGCUUCAUCAGUACUCGCGUGAUGUAUACCUUGCACGGAGUCAAGACUCUGGCAGAGUUCGGGAAGUUGAAAGCGGACGACCAGGCCAACCCAAUGCUCAAACUCUUGCAGCAGCACUUCAUUAUCAAGAAGGACGCCUUUGACUGGGUCGGGAUUUGGCAGCACGUGUUCAAGCUGGAGACGGAGGAGGCCCUCACUGAGUAUUGUCAGGAUUUUGUCAACGGCAAGAGCGCUGCGAAGAGGCCUGAGAGCUCGGGCGCAGGCGCCGUUGACGCGGCGGAGGCGGAGGCGGAGGCGAAGGACGAUGGCGCGACGGCCGCGGCUGGCGAUUGCGACGCGCUCGCCCCGAACCCGGACCAGCAGCAGCCGCCCGCAGCAGAGCAGGCCGAGCAGACGCAGACGCAGACGGUCACCUCGAAGAAAGUCUACUUUGAGAUGUCAGACGUCCACAACUUCAGCAAGAUGGGCGCGUCGCCGAAUGAUUCCGAGGGCGCCAAGCAGCUCAAUAUCGCCAACGUCGACGGCCUCCUGAUCAAGAGUAUCGAGACAUCGCUCAAUCACUACUUGUGGGUCCGGUACCGCGCGCAUGGUUGCAUGCACGGGAAGUCGGCGCACGUCACGUCGGGGCCGAAGGUCGAGGAGAUCUUCACGCCGAUCGAGUCGGCGGAGGCGAAGGCGGACAAGGCCACGCUCUACAACGUCAGCGACGAGGUCGAGGUGCACAUGGACGUGGACGGCUACCUCUUCGACGAUCGCGAAGAGGCGGGCGGCAAGGAGUGA